UCAUAGUGCGCUUCCUACUCGAUCUUAAAGAAAAACUGAGGCACACUGAAAUGACAGCGAAUAAUGUUUACGUUGUACUUGAGGGGUAGAUACGAGGUAAUGGUACCGUGUGGGAAUAACACAUUUUCGCUCUGAGAUACUUGAAGUCUGGCGCGAUUACGUAGCUCGCGGCGCAGUGAUGCUCAUGUCCAGGAUAAGGACGGGACGGGAGACCUCGUGACUGCAGGAGGAAAAGAGGGAGACUCGAUCCAGGAUAAAACUUCUUCAAAGCGAAUACCAGGGGAAAAGGAUGUAUUCAGAACUCUUUAAAAGUAACUUGCAUCAUUUGAAACUGAGAACGACAUAGGCAAAUCUUCUCAAACUGCUUCGGCGCGAGUGCUUUCAUUCUCCCUUUGUUUUGAUUUUGUUCGAUUGAUAACUUUAGCGUUUUGCUUCAUGAGACAUCUUAUUGAAGCUUAUGUGGGGGCUGUUGGGCUCUCUGGUAAAAGAGACACUUUGGUGUGUGUUGGGCUGGAAGUAAUCUUUUUUUAGUCCUACUCGGAGAAGUAGCGAAAAGGCCAACCUGCUCCGCUGGCCUGCGGAUGCGGCAACCACUCGGCCUGCUUAAGGAUCUGGGUACCGCAAUGCCGCGGGGAUGGGGGAGAGAGAGAGAAGGCACGUGGGCGACGAACGGAGUUUAAUUAAUUGAUAAAGGAGUACGUAGAAUAAAUGUUGACACUGCAUAAAUGUGUCAAUACCAACAUUCAGUUUUAAAAAUUGUGGUAAGAAUGUUAUGGAGAGCCUAAUCGUAGAAUCUCGUGAUAUUUUCUGUAGGGUAAGGGUUAUGUGAUUUUACAAGUCAAGUAAAGUUUUACGAACGGGGUUCCCUAUUCUGGAUGAUCUUCCAAGAGUAACACCCCGUGUAUUUUGAACUGAGUUGCAUAGUCACCUAAUUUAGUCCGUGUUUACAAGCCACAAUGCCCUCACCUUCGCACUCCAGUAGCGUUGCCUCAGUGUCAGGAUCUCGAGGUCUGACUGGUAGUCGCAGAGGAAUGUCUGGGAGGACAAGUGCACGCGUGCUGCUUUACCUGGGCUUGUGCCACCUGGCACUAGGGGGUAUGGUGCUCGCCUUCAGUUUCACAAGCCUGGCCUUCACCUCUUCACCCCGUGUCAGACAGUCCUGUCCUUUCUGGGCUGGCUUUUUCGUUGUGGCCUCAGGAGUGGUGGGUGUGAUAUCAUGGAGAAGGCCCUUCACUCUUGUGGUGUCACUGUUCAUGCUGUUGUCUGCAGUGUGUGUGAUUCUCAGUCUGGCUGGUUCCAUGCUGUCAUGUCAGAAUGCACAGAUGGUCAAAUCUUAUCUCGCCUGUCAGAUGGAGAAUGGCCUUUGUCUUUGCUGUGACCCCAAGCAGACUUGCUCUCCAUCGGAGGAUGAGACAUUAGUGCUCUACCAACAUGCAGAUUGCCACUCGGUGCGUCACCAGCUCAAGGAUCUGCUGUUUAGUGCCUGUGGUCUCAGUAUUCUCUCCACCAUUAUCUGCACUCUGUCAACUGUCACCUGUAGCAUCCAUAUCUUCUCUCUGGACCUACUGCAUUUGCUGGCUCCUCAUCACUCCCGCUCUGUUAACCCAGAAUGCACCACUCCUCAGGAUGCAUUUCUCAGUAACAUGAUGGACUUUGAGGAGUUUGUUCCGCCCAUUCCCCCACCCCCAUACUACCCUCCUGAAUACACCUGCAGCUCUGAGACGGACGCAUUGAGUGUUACAUAUAAUGGAUCAAUGGAGAGUCCAGUGCCUCUCUACCCAACUGACUGCCCUCCUCCUUAUGAAGCAGUGAUGGGUCAAAGGGCUCCUAGUCAGGCCACAGUCUUUGACACACAAGCUGGUGAGCUGUCUGGAGAUAGAGGAACAUCCACAGCUUUCAGUGGUGAAGUGUCUAUGGACAGUGGAUCUCUGUUGAUGUCUGAGAUUGUGGAUAUUCCAGAUGACAGCUCCCCUUCCGAGGACUCCUGUCUCAUGGAAGUGGGGAUGCGGGUGCGGCCCCGGGAGGGCAGUGAUGGAAGGGAGGGGGGAGAGUACUUCAGCUUUCGAUGUUCCGCUCAACAUCCUGAGGGAACGGUGGGGGCUCCCCCAGGGAUACGCUGUUUCAGAGGGGAGAGAUCGAACUCCUGCUCCUCUCCGAGCACAUACAACACCUCCACCUAUAGGUCUCCAUUGCUGAGGCAUCAAGCUCUGUUGGCAAAUAGUUGCUCUCAGUUGGAGUUGAUAGCGGGCUCUCAGCGUUGCUCAAUCCGAGAAAUCCGAGUUCAGCCUUGCAUGCUCUACCGACAGGGCUCAUCCGCUUUUACCAACCCGUCUACCACAGCCCUGUCAAGUGGUGCUCAAGACUGGCCAGACCACACAGCACCAGUGCUCCUUCCACGCCCGUGCAUCCGGGAACAUACUGACUGUGAUCUUAAAGACAGCGAUGGAUUCGUACCCCUUGUGAGGUCACACAGUGAACCAGGGCUUAGCUCGUCAACUGACACAGGUGAUUUCAGUCUCACAGGAGGCAGUAAAGGAGUCAGUUUGGGGGGAUCUCAGACCUCAUCAGAGACCGGACCAUCAUCUGGAGCUAGUUUGCUGCCUAGAUCCUUUCCGACACUUCCUGCAUCCCUGCCCAGGAAGGGCAGUGUUAAGGCGGCAAGUAGCCAGUUGCCCUCAAAACAGAUCCCAUCCACCUCGCUGCUUUUACCCAAAGACUGUGCACGCUCACUCGGAGACCUCAAGGUCACCAGAGUGCUAGUACAACGUUUUCUGCAGAGAUCGAAACGGAAUUUAGUCCCUGCAACUGAUGCUGGAAACUGCACUCAGGGGCCUAAAGUGAGGACAGGAUGUGAGGGAAGUCUGCCUUUAGAGCAGGUGCUUCGUAACUCUUGGUUAACCACCAUGGGGCAGCAGCAGCAAUUCCAACACCAAUUCCAUGGACACCACCACUCACAUAGUGACAGUCACCAUAACGCCUGCCACCAUGAUGAUGACCCUGUAAGGACCGGUGGUAUCCACUUGAGCAGCUGUGGAGACCUCAGCUCCACAUCUGUGGCAUCAACGCACAGGCUCCACCCAACACUGCACGGAUCAUCAGGGGCUCUUUACUCAGAAUCGGCCCUCUGAUUUGCGAUGUGAGAUUCUGGAUUAGAUUACUGUGAUUUUGUGAGAAAAAGGAUGAGAAUGGUGGAGAAAAGUUGUGGAAGGAAUGAUAGGAGGGAAUUUGUUUCGAGAUUAGGACAUUUAUCUGCUCGUUGAGAUCUGAAGCAGAUGAAUAUGCUGUUUAAAUAAUAGUCUAGGUAUACUAAAUGAAGGUUAAAGAUGUUCUUACAGAACACUACACACCUGCACUGAUUUUUCCCCUUAGACUCACUGCUCUCUGUGUCUCAAACACUCUGGUGCUGAUUUGCAGUCUUAACCAUCUAUGUUUUAUUUCAUCUUCACUGCAAUAAAUAAAAAAUUUCUGAACAUCCUUAAACCAAGAUACAUUAACUUGAGUAAAACUGUGAUUUUUAGAAGAUAUUAAGAUAUAAAGACAUGUUUUCAGAGAAUAUAUCUUAAGUUUUUUCUUUCAACAAAUUUUGUUAGAUUUACGCUUAAAACAUGAAAGAGUAAUUUGCUACUGCGAUGAGAAAACGAAACUUAAUUCAAGAUAUGUUCUUUAAAUUAAACAAUUAUGUUCAAGUAAAUUAUAUUGUUUUAAGGAUGUUUAGCUUUUUAAUGGAAAACAAGACAACCACUGGUUAAGAAAAUGAUUUUUCAUGCGCUCCUUUGCACUUUCAGGCGUAUUCAUCUCCUGCUCUUUCUUUUCCUCGCUUACUGUGUUUAUGUGGAUUUGGAAAGAAUGUAGCACCUCUGACACUGCUUCUUAUCUUUACAGCUCAUUAAAAUGCACUAAUGCAAAUACAAUCAUUGAAAUAUGCUUGCCCCCACACACACUGUCAGAUGUUGGAAUUAGCAAACGGAUUGUGGUGUAUCCUACCAUUGGCUGCUAUUCACUAUAUGACCAUCUCAUAUCGUAGCAGCAAAAAAAUCCAAACUAUCUGUAAUUUAUAUCAUGGCUGUGUUUAACCUUAUAUAAUAGCUGAGGAUGACACAGCAAGAGCAUUUUUGGAUUAAUUUGCUUUAUUUUUAUAAAUUCAUGUUUUUUUCUAAAACAACUGAGCUUCUAUUUUUUGCAUCUGCCUGUUUUCACAUAUUGGACCCUAGCUUCCCAGUCAGUGUAAUACUUUCUAACAGAUUGCCUCUGCAUGUUUUAAGAAGGCAUGAUAUUCUUUCUAAAUGCACACACAUGCUUGUAAAUUGCACUUGUAAUAAUCUACUGUAGAUGCCGCUAAUUCAGAGAAAUGUGUGAGGGAAUUAGUGAUGCUCCAUACAGAGAAUUCUGUGGCAAUAAACAUUCUUGUACAGUUACUUUUGGACUGAGAUGUUCAAGGAUUUCCCAAUUAAUGGUCAGUUGGAUUAAACUUUGGGCAUCUCUGGAGGGUACAUUUAUUGUAUAUAAUUUGUUUUGGAUCUUCAGCUGAAGAAAUAAUUGCCGUUGCAACUGUUAAGAAGUUCCCUGGAAUGCUUAUGGCUUUGAAUUGAUAGCAAUGUUACUAAAUAAUGUGCUACAUUUGAAAUAUAUAAGUAAAUAAUUUUGAUGCACAGACCUUUACGCUUAUACACACAUUCUGUAACUCUUUGAAGCACUGAAAGCAAGUCUCAAAAUGAGCUUGACAUUCUACCUCUUGUUUUGCACAAUGACAUGUUACAGCCCUUUGGGAAUAUUUGAAAUUAUUUAAGGAUUUUAUGGACUAUUUAUGAAACAACCUCUACACUGACUGAUGAAAAAGAACAUUAAAAACAGCUGUACUUCAUGAACAUUAAUGGCAAGUUAUGUAAAUAAA